GAGAAAUACAUGAACAUAUAUUUGAGUGACAUACUCAUUUCAAUCAGUUUUAUGUCAUUUGCAUUAUUUGGCAAAACCUCUACUUAAUUUUGAACCACGAUAGAAGAACGCUUUUUCUGCCUGUGCAACUCCCUCGCAAAUGUGUGCUCUGGGAUGGAGGCAUCAUCAGGGGCAGAGGCAGCCUCAAGUGGCGCUUAAUGAAAGCGCAACAGACAACGGGAGGACCACAGGCACACGACCACAGGACAACUGAGUGGGACAGGAUCUAGGGGGGCAGGAGGCAGGAGGAAGGAGGCAGAAGGCAGGGACAAAUACACAGAAACACAGUCGAGGCAGGACAACUAAAUAGGCGAACCGCAAAAACUCAUCGUCAAGGAGCGACAGAUAUGGCCAGGGAAAAGGGAAAUAGAUGGGGAAUCCAACUAUGCAGAAAUAAUAAAAUUCACGGGAACUGAGAUGGAAGCAGUUCGUAGGACCUCAAGCCAAUACCAUUCCCGUACCCGUAGCCGUACUCCAGUUUGCCGGAGCCGAAAGGCUGGAAAGGAGGAGCCGCUCGAACUGUGGCUGGGGCUGUCACUUAGCGCGUGACAUGUGUCAAAACAAGCGGCCACCGCAGCGAGACCGUGACCAGAGACUCAGAGCCUUAGAGCCCCCUGCCCAAGUGCAUCCCGUGUCCUGGGAGUGCUG